UUUGAUUGGACCAUCCACAUGUGGCUCGGUGCAGCCGCGUGGUACGGUGGAUUCCGUUCCGGUGCUUCCCGAGGAAAAACAAACAAGGGAAACCAGACAUCUCUCGGGCACCCCUCCCCAUGGGAUCCUCCACGCCUUCCCCGUCGCCGGCGCCGCCGCAGUCAACCGCUCCUGACCGUGGCGCCUCCAAUGCGAGCCUGCGGUGGGGCAUCCUUCGUCGCGCUCUGCUCGCUCGCUCCUCAUCCUCCCGCGCAUCAGAGAGAACUUCUAAUGAGCAGCAGAAGAAAGGUGAUACCAACGAAAUUUCCAGAAAGGCAUCGCGAGGUUUUAACCUUAUCGAAUGUCAUGCACUGCCAAUUUCACUGUUGAGUAAAUCACAAGAAAAUUCAUUAAAUGGAAAUGAAAAUGGCGUGGGAUGCCAAAAAGAUGUCAAUAUUUGUUAUAAGCUGCCCUGUGGAGGUUCUCCUGAAGUUAAUGUAGUAUACAGAAGAGAGGAUUCCCUUGAACUAAAUGAUAUUGAGGCUUCAAACAGAUACAAUAUUGACACUACUGGACUUGUGUGUUGUUGGCCAUCAGAAGAGGUCCUUGCUUUCUACUGCAUCAAUCAUUCGGAUAUGUUCAGGUGCAAAAGGGUGCUCGAACUUGGAUCUGGUUAUGGAUUAGCUGGACUUGUCAUUGCAGCCAGUACAAAUGCUGAUGAGGUUGUUAUUUCUGAUGGGAACCCACAAGUAGUUGAAUAUAUCCAGCAGAACAUAUCCAUGAAUGCAGAAACUUUUGGCAGAACGAAGGUUAAAUCUAUGAUACUGCAUUGGGAUCAAGAGCAAGCUUCAGACAUGUUGAACUCUUUUGACAUCAUUGUCGCAAGUGACUGCUUACCUGUUGCUGACUGUGCGAAAGCAACCUUCAGAAAUUGCCAGCAAGUGUUCACAGGCAGCCACAUUGCUGUUGGUGCUUCUCAACUUGUGUGGGAAAAAUGUUUGCAUGGUCAGUACAUGAAAGCAACUAUCAACAGUAUUCAGAUAUCAACCAUUUGAUAUUUCAGCGGCUUCGGAUGGGCCACCGUUGAUGCCCUCGCGUGUGCUUGUUUUAAUUUCAUUUGAUUAGGUCCAGCGUUCUUGUCAGUCCCCCAUCUAUGAGCUUCGUAUAUGCCCUAGGGUACCCGUCUCUGACGGAAUGUGCGUAUUCAUUGAACAAAGUGACACCUCCAGAAAGGUAGCUUCUUUUCUGCACAUUGCAUUGCAAUGCCAAUACGAGGAAAAGCCAUCCACCUUUGUAAAAAGCUUUCGAAAUACUUGGGUGUUGAACACCAUAUUGAGCUUCUAUGGCUUGUCGGAAGGAUGAGGUUUAUGCUCGUUUUUCUUA